UGUGUGUGACAUAUCGAUAUGUAAUAAAGCAAUUGCAACUCUAACCGCGAUACCUCGCAGUCAGCUGUGAACUAGUUCAGCGUCGUAGUUUUUUUUGUUCGUUUCGUUUCUCUCUUUCAUCAGUUUCAUUUUAUCCUUUAUUGUGGCCAGUCGCAUUGGCGUUCGCGCACGGAAUUUUCGUGAUUGAACAUUAAAGUUAAUUGAAUGUAUAACUUACAAUAGAAAUGUGCGUAAAACAACAAUAAUAAUUGACGCCCGCGGGCAGCAAUAAAGUGUACAGUGCGCGAAGUGCCCACCGGAAUAUGAAGCAACAACGCGCGUUGCGGGCGGCCGUGGAAGUAACGAUUUUUGCAUGAGUCGCGCUUGGCCAAAAAAAAAAAGUAAGAAAAACAAAGAGGCUGCCAAAUUAAAAUGCAGUGCCUAUAACUAAUCAGUUUUGUAAUUAUAAGUGCUAACACGGCUAUAAAUAAAUUUGUUUAUUUCGAUGCCCGUUUGUGACUGUUUGUAAUUCGGUUUUUGCUUUGUUGCUGCUGUUUGUUUGUGUUUUUGCGCUACUCUCUCUCUUUAACGUAAGCGCGUCAUUCAAUUCAUGUGAGUGUGUUGGUGCCGUGACGUAAACAAAUGCAAAUGAAAAGGCACUUGUGUGCGAAUAUUUAAAAAAUGCCAACAACAAAACAGCCGCAUGCCGAUGCCGAUGCCGUUUCACGUGCCAAAUAUACAUUGUAGCAACAACAAAACGAUAACUUUUUCGCCUCGUGUGUUUUGUGCAUCUCAUUCGCUGCAAGGCCAGCUGAGCGCAACACGUUUGUGUUGUUUCUGCUGCAUGCGUAGGCGGGCAGAGCAGCAACAGCAGCGCAGCAGCAUGUGCGAAUGUGUGCGUGCAUUAAUUGAAACAUAGAUGCGACAGCUCUUCAAGAAGGCAGAGACGAAAGGAGCUGCAGCUAUAUUUGGCUCAUUCAGCGUGAUACUCAUCCGGCGCCCAUAAUCAACUGCCGAAUGAUAAACUCAGCUGGCAAACACAUACGUGAUGCCUCACCAGCGCCCGAUCAUCGUUCCGAGGCACGUCUACGCAUCGAUCCCAAGGUGUUGGUUUUUGUGGAGACAACGUACUCUGGUCUGGGUCGGGACAUUGCCGAGCUGCUGGUCUACAAUCGGAUCAAAUAUAAAAUCGAAGUAGCCGGCAAAAGUCUUCCUGUGCUGACGAAUCUGGACAAGGGUCGCUAUGGCGUCAUUGUCUUUGAGAAUCUGGACAAGUAUCUCAACAUGGACAAGUGGAAUCGUGAAUUGCUGGACAAGUAUUGCCGCGAGUACUCCGUUGGCAUUGUGGGCUUUGUCAGUCCCAGCGAGGAGACGCUUGUCGGUGCCCAGCUGCGCGACUUUCCGCUCUUCGUGCACACGAAUCUUCGUCUGCGAGAUGCCAGUCUGAAUCCCGCUUCAUCUGUGCUGCGUCUAACGCGUGCCGGCGAAACGGCGUGGGGCGCCUUACCCGGCGAUGAUUGGGCUGUGUUUCAGCAUAAUCACAGCACCUACGAGCCGGUCGAGUGGGCGCAGCGCAACACACAGGAAUAUCCGGCAGACAGUGUGGGUCAGGUGCAGCUGCCGCUCACGACGGUGCUGCAGGAUCGCGGACAGCUGGAUGGCAUCCAGCGCGUGCUCUUUGGCAGCAGCCUACGUUUCUGGCUACAUCGUUUGGUCUUCCUGGACGCGCUUAGCUAUCUCAGUCAUGGUCAGCUGAGUCUCAGCCUCGAGCGCAUGAUUCUGGUGGACAUCGAUGAUAUCUUUGUGGGCGAGAAGAGCACACGUCUGCGCCCGGAUGAUGUGCGCGCUCUGAUUGCCACGCAAAAGAUUAUUGCCGGCAUGGUGCCCGGAUUCCGUUUCAAUUUGGGCUUCUCCGGCAAGUAUUAUCAUCACGGCACCAGGGAGGAGAAUCUGGGCGAUGAUUUUCUGCUGCAGAAUGUGCAGGAGUUCAAUUGGUUCUCGCACAUGUGGAAGCACCAGCAGCCGCAUCUGUAUGACAACCUCACCCUGCUCAUGGCUGAGAUGCAGCUAAACUAUGCGUUCGCAAAGGAGCAUAAUAUACCCACAAAUUCGGGCUACUCCAUAUCGCCGCAUCAUUCGGGCGUCUACCCAGCACACGAGCUGCUCUACCUCGCCUGGAAGCAGGUUUGGAAUGUGAAGGUCACCUCCACGGAGGAGUAUCCACAUUUGCGACCCGCACGCUUGCGUCGUGGUUUCAUCCAUCGGAAUAUUAUGGUGCUGCCGAGGCAGACUUGUGGGUUGUUUACUCACACCAUGUACAUAGAUCGUUAUCCGGGCGGGCGGGACAAACUGGACGAGUCGAUACAGGGCGGUGAGCUGUUCCAGACCAUCGUCUACAAUCCCAUCAACAUAUUCAUGACGCACAUGUCCAACUAUGGCUCCGAUCGCCUAGCUCUCUACACAUUCCAAUCGGUCAUCAAGUUCCUGCAGUGCUGGACAAAUCUGAAGCUUGCCUCAGCACCGCCCAUACAAUUGGCUGAGAUGUACUUCCGACUGCAUCCAGAGGAGGUCGACCCAGUGUGGGGCAAUCCCUGUGACGAUGCGCGUCACAAAAAGAUCUGGUCCAAGACCAAAAACUGUGACUCGCUGCCCAAAUUUUUGGUUAUCGGGCCUCAAAAAACGGGCACCACCGCCCUCUACACAUUCCUCUCCAUGCACGGCAGCGUUGCCAGCAACAUACCCAGCCCGGACACCUUCGAGGAGGUGCAGUUCUUCAAUGGCAACAACUACUACAGAGGCCUGGACUGGUACAUGGACUUCUUCCCCUCGGAAACGCUGCCCAACACCAGCUCCCCCAUGCCCACCACACUGGGCACACCCCGAUACAUGUUCGAGAAGAGUGCCACCUACUUUGACGGCGAAGCGGUGCCCAAGCGGGCACAUGCUCUGCUGCCACAUGCCAAAAUUGUGACCAUACUGAUAUCGCCAGCGAAGCGCGCCUACUCCUGGUAUCAGCAUCAGCGUGCCCAUGGCGAUGUUAUAGCCAACAACUAUAGUUUCUAUCAGGUCAUAACUGCCAGCGAUUCGGCGCCGCGUGCACUGAAGGAUUUGCGGAAUCGGUGCCUUAAUCCGGGCAAAUACGCACAGCAUCUGGAGCACUGGCUGGCCUACUAUCCCGCCCAGCAGGUGCAUAUAAUCGAUGGCGAGCAAUUGCGCCUCAAUCCCAUCGAUGUGAUGAACGAGCUGCAGCGCUUUUUGAAAAUCCAACCGCUCCUCGACUAUUCCAAUCACCUGCGCUACGAUGUGAAGAAGGGCUUCUACUGCCAGGCUGUCAGCGAGAAGCGCAAUAAAUGCCUUGGCAAGUCCAAGGGGCGCCAAUACCCGCAAAUGGAUGAGCGCAGUGCCAAGCUGUUGCAGCGCUACUAUCUGAAUCACAAUACGGCGCUGGAGAAGCUGUUGAAGAAGCUCGGCUCACGUCCCAUACCGCAAUGGCUCAAGGAUGAUUUGUCCACGGGCACGUGAUAGCAGCUAUUUGGAGGCGUGGCCAUUGGCGCUGUCGAACUUGGAAUUGGCUUAGGAAUUGGAAUCGGCGGCAACAAAUAUCGCAAAUUGCGUGCUAAACUCAGGAAACAGUUGCACUGGCUGCAAAUGGCGGCGGCAACGGCGCCAGCAGCGACGUCUGUAACUAUGCAGCAUGGUCGAGCAAGCAGCGCAGCAGCAGCAGCAGCAGGCAGCGACAAAAGCAGCAGCAGA